GCUUUGGAUGGCAGACAUUAUCGGCACGAACUGCGAGGUCGCCACAGACUCCUCGGGGUCACGCCGCGAAACGCACGUGUUGGAGGCUGGCGCAUCAGCAAACCCUGCCGCAGUGGUGAGACAGGGAACGCAGUGCAAGCAGAUGCUCAGGCGGAGCCAGAGUUUGCCAACGUUCACGGCCAGAUUACCAGAAUACAUACCUUGCUACAUGUCGUCAGGGUUUCUUGAGAGGGCCGGUUGAAAAGUUCAAGUGCGCUGAAAAAGUCAUCUUCGAAGUUUAGCCAGGUCCGCCCAACUGGAAGGCAGCUUCACCUCGCACGAUUACCUGAAGACGAGGCGUUUUGCCCUUAUCAACACGUGGAUCUCCUCUGCGCAUGCCCCGCUGUACAGGAGAGCAACUUCGGCUGGACACUUAUUCAUGUUAGUUGGUGCCCAGUAAGUGGCUUCAUGAGAAUAAGAGCAGGGAAAAAAAAAAAAAGCCAAAGCUCAUUGUGCUGACGAUAACGAACCAUUGUGAGGGUGAUUUCGCCAUGCUCAGUACAAGGUUUGACAGCUGCCUCCACGAUGUUUAGACUGGAGAUGUUUAUUAGCGAGGGCCAUGUGGCCAGCAUCUUUUUGUCGAAGGAGAUGCAUGCAUUUGAAGAGGAAAACAACACUUUCGGAUCUCUUGUUUCUUUAAGGGAUAUACACAUCAUCGUUCAGCGCUGCACGAAUUCCAGUUCAUGUCAUAAUUCAACCUGUGUUGCAGCGAUGACUAUAUUCUUCGGAUAAAUGAAGAUGACAGUAUCGAUGUCUAGAAGGUUAGCUUCAGUCCGGAACCUUUGAUCAGGGUUUAGCAGAACUGGUAAGGGCUGACGACAUCGUUGCUGCUUCUGGCACGUGAGGGUACCUCCACAGACUGCGACUGCUGGUGCUGGUUUGAGUAAGACCCCGCUUUACUCCCUGCGGAAUUUUCUUCACUUUGUUUCUUGACAAAAGCGUGUUGGAUACCGGCAGCACCGUAUGUGGGUCAUGCAGCAUCCUGGUCACAAGGAGUCCGUCACCGAAGGGACAAGAGAGUCGGUGGACGUCCAAGACACCACAAAAGAGGCUUUUGACGGAAGCCGCGAGACUUCAUGCAUAACUGUCGGCCACUUGGCUUACUGAGCACGGGCAAUGGGCGCAUCCCACGAGCGACUUGUAAGGCCGUGAGGACUAGCCACCGUGCCACGGGAACAUGUACGAGCCGGUGUAUCAUGGCUACAGUGCCCGCCCUGCGGGCCGCCUGCCCUCCAUCCACGCCAUCGGCAAAGCCAAGCCGGUGGACGAAGAGGAGCCGCCAGACGUGCCGUGCCAUAUGUACGGCUACGAGAUGGAGAUGGACCAGUCCUUCUCCUCCGUGGAGAGUGUCUUCGACCCCAGCGACGCCGAGGACGCAUGCAAGCUGCUGCGCAAGGCGUUCCAUCUGUUGGGCCCUGGCCGCCACGCCUGUAAGCGCAAUCCGGACCACGGAGGCAGCCACUUCGUACACUGCCGGCGCGGCGUCAAGCUGGGCGGCUACUACAGUCAGCUGCGGCGCUUGCUGGAGGAGCGGGCAGGGCUGGAGCUGCUGCGGGACUGCCUGUACCGCGUGCGCAGCGCACAACUCUUCGUGGAGGAGCUGGAGGCCUUGCUGAGCGCUGAGUACCGCACCGCCUACGCCAUCCGCCACGGCUGCCUGCUGGACGCGCCAGUCAGCAAGCUGUACUGCCUCAACGCCCUUUGCGAGGACCUGCGUGUGCACGCCGGCCACUGGAACUCUGUCAAGCAACGCAUCAACACCGGCCGCUGGGCGCAGCCCUUGCUCGGCUUCUUCUGUCGCGAGCUGGCUGCGGUCCGGCGUACCCUGGGGGCGCUGUGCGACCGCGCUAUCUUCCUGAUGGACCGCCUGGUCCACGUGGGCUUCGAGGUGCUCGCGCACUGCGCCCUGGACGCCCUGACUGCCGACGUCCUGUGGAACAUCACACGAGGCCUGGAGGAUUUCAACACCAUCGUAGUCAGCUUCCGUGCGCACGUGGUCGCGGAGGGCGUGUACUCACCGCAGUCGUCACUCGCCGCCCGUCACCUGCCGUCUCUCUACCUCCACCCUGCCUUGGCCAACUCCGGCAGGCGGUUGAGUGACGGUAUCCGCGCCGUGCCCUUCCACAAGGUGCUGGGCAUCUUGGCCAACGAGCGCUCCCGCUACGCUGCGCUGCUGACGCACCGCUUCUUCACCGCCAGCGAUGCUUUUCUGGCCGCCCUCCGCACAGCCACUCACCUGCCGCCUUUCGAGUGGGAGGACGACCCCGUGUCCAGUGUCAGCGGCGUGCACUUACACUCGCGUUUCUUGUCGUCGCCCCCGCCGGUGGCAGCAGGUGAAGCAGUGGGCGGCAGCCAGGCCAGCUUGAACCUUGCCUUACUCCAUGUGGGCUCGGUGCGCGUGCCGGACUUGUCGGGAUUACCCUCGCCCCUGGUGGAGUUCUCGCAGAAGGAGCAACAGUUCGCGGACAACUUCCUGCAAAUCGUGUGCAACUCGACCUCCCUCCUCCGCAAGAAUGACGCCACCAGCAACAAUAACUCGCAUCACAACCACCACCACGGCCGGUCUAAGGCCAAGGCUAGGACGGACUUUAAAGUGCCCCUGAGCCCCGUGGUGUCGCGGCCGCCUAAAGCGCAAGGCGAGACGCCCGUGCUGUCCCGCUCGGACUCUCGGCGCAAGACGGUGUCGUGGGGCGACAACGCUGACACGUCAAUCCGCACGCAGGUGGUGGCCACCUACAUGGACACGCUGUGGCAGCACUUCGGCCGCAACCUGGACCUCUUCCUAGACGAGCCGGCAUGGACCAACCGGGUGGGACUAUUGCGCUCCGAGCUAGGCUCCAUCUUCCUGCAACGGGACACGGUCUGCGCCAUGCUGCGCCACAUGGUGGAGCACAUCUGCGUCAAAGACAUAUUUCCUUCUGGAUCCAUAUCGCCGCUUCUUGGGGUUGUGGUGAGACUGCAUGCUUUGUCUGCCUUCGCGGCAUGGGAUUCGAACAUGACUGCUGCCAGCAGCAGUCAGCAGACAGACAAGUGUAUUCCAUGCCAUGCUGGAGAGAACCAGUACAGCACACGAUCUGGCCAGCUGCUGCGAGAGGCCUACCGCCCACUCCUGACUUUGCUGCUGGAGAUGUGCCGCAACAUGAGACAAGUGCACGCAGAGUCAGCAGACCUGAUGCCCCCUUAUGACCUCGACUUAAGCCUGGUGUCCAGUGUGGUGGCCCGGGUGCUAGUUACCUGCCAGGCUGCUUAUGCAUGGUUGGCCAGCAAGCUGCAUCACUUUCUGUCAUCAUGGAAUGUGAAAAUGUACAUCUUCUUUGCCUGCACAGAUGUGAAAAUUUUGGCUGACUGUAGCCGCAGGGCAACACAUCUGCUGCAGACAUUGGUCAGCAACCAAGCAACCUCCAGUUCUUCCCUUUUGGACCAGCUUGUCUUAGCCCACUUGAAUGAAACCUUGCAGCAGAUCAGUUCUGUCAGCACACAGAUACAGGGACUGGAAGAGUCAGCAGUGAAGCUUUUUGCCGAGAAGUUUAACCAGCGUUGUAGCUCAUUUUUCCAAGAUGUCCUGCCUCCUGCCAAGUACUGGCGUCGCAAAGUACCUCCAGAGUUUCCUGAGGAUGCCAGCAGCUAUGUGCUCCAGGUAUGGGAGAAUGUGCUACAGCCAGUGAUGGAAGGCAUCAGCAAGCUACCUGUUGUCUUACAGCUUACUGUACUGACAGCUGCCAUAACUGCACUGUCUGGAGCAUGGACUUCCUUAUUUCUGAAGGACAAGAUAAAGUUUAGCUUAUAUGGUGCACAGCAGUUAGGAGUAGACUUUGACCACCUACGAACAAGUCUCAGCAAUGCAUUAACCUUACCAGAAGCAAGAAGAGGAUUGCUGGAGCUCUCUGUUUUCAGGCAAAUGAAUGGAAUUGUGCAGCUUCUAAAAAGACAGCCACUACGCAGACCCAGCAGCAGGUUUCGAGACUGCUCAACUGAAGAUCUCUCUUGUGAAUCAGGGGAGGUAAAUGCCAGUCCAAGUGCCAGUCGCUCAGAGUUACCUGCUAAUAUGGAAGAGGUUCAAGAGUCAAAUGAUGUUUGUUUCGUCACUAACAUGGAUGACUGGCUAGCCCUACGCGUGAUUGGUGGAUCACGUUCUUGGCGGUUCCCUUCCUGUUUUGGGACCAGUGCAGGACAACGAUGAACACACAAACUUGGUUUGGACAAGAUUUUUACUAAGGGGUUCAAUGAUUGUGAUCCACUUGAUGCCAAAGUGGACAUUGUUCUUCAGAAAUAUUUUUCAUGAAAUCUCCAUGUCGGAAAGUGUCAUUUGGAAUUUCGUGGGAAAAUGAACCUGGAUGGCAUUCAUGUUCUUAUUGUUAGUCUCUGCUGUUUCUUCAUCUGAAGCAAUACAAGAAGGUUAAUUUUCUUUUCAAUGAAUCCAAUUAAAAAAAUAGAUUUCAUUGGGGUGCUUAUAUAAAAUGUCUUGAGAGACAAGAACACGAGGAAAACUGUGUAAAGCAAAAGUUAAAGCCCUGAUAUUGGAUAAUCAUCUAAGAAAGCUGUUUGUUAAUUAUAUUACCAUGUUAUUUCUUCCUGUACUUUCUGGGGAGAAAAUUUCUCAAACCUUUUAUUUAUCAUCAUUCUGAAAUGAAUGUAGAAAUAUAGAAUUUCAGAAAUUAAGUUUUUAUUGUUUACUGUGGUGACCUCAACUUUAUGAACACCUGUGUUCAUUCCAUUUUUUUCCUUUGGUUUCCAGAGACUACUUCCACAUAUUUCCAUCUUCUUUUGCAUACAUUACAGAAAUUUAUUUUUCAGACUCUUUAAAUUGCCACUCUUUAAAUUGAAAAAUCUCAAGUGGCUGAUUAAGAAUAUUGAUCUUCCUUUUUACAGCCUUCUCUAUUUUUUAAGUCAGAUAAAAUGCUGCCAUACCACAAUAUCGCUACCAAGCAUUCUCUUGCUGGCAUUGCUGCAUCUCUUUUCACAAGAAAUGACAAUGAAGCGAGUGGGAUAGAUCUGUGAUGUUGCAAUAUUUCUGUACUAUUUUGUAUAUACGUUUCUCAUUUCAUAAACACUACAGUCACAUUCUCACAAAAUAUGCAGAAGCUAAGACAACAGUCAAAAGUAUUGAUGAAUGUGAAUUUAAUAACCAUAUUCACUUAUCAUAAUGCAUCACAAUGGCUAUAAUGAUCAGUCUUUUUUAUUCUUUUACACUUUCUAUGGAAAUUAUGUAUAAUGUAUAUAUGUAUGCAAUUACACAUAUUUAUUUGCUUCUUGCCAUUUAUCUCCACAUUGUUACUGGGAUUGAUCAGGGGUUGUCUGCCUCCUCUGCAGCAUCAUUUAUUAUCUAGUUUUAAACUUUCUCAUCAGUCUGUAAUGUUUGCCUAUCAUUUAGGAUACUAUAUGGUGUGUCUAUUUGUGUAUGUUAUCCAAACCUCAUGUGUCUGGGUUUCUGUUUACCAGACUAUCAGCAUUCAUCCUGCAGUUUUUAUUUCAUGUGACAGAUUUUCUGUGUACUCAAUUCAUGUUUCAUAUAAAAGUAAAUUCAUUGGUAACUGAACCAAGUCAAGAUUCUGUAGUGUGCUUUCAUGCUUUAUAUAGACUCAUGUGACUGGCAGAAUUUUUUUCACAUUUGUUCUUUAUCUUUCUUUACAAGAUAUUAAGAUUCUUUAAUCAAAGAUCUCAUUAAUCAUUAUGUCUGAAUUUGUGCCUAAUGUUAGUGGGCUUAUUUUCUUAUCUUUAAGCAUAGCUAACUCUUCAUUAAGCUGUAACUCAAGAGAUCCUUAUUACUGCUAAGCAAGUGAGGAUCUUAACAAGAAAUUAUCUAUAAGACUUAAAAAUUUGACAAUAAGCAUUUCAGGUACACUGAGUCAUCAAAGGUUUAAUCCAGACAGUAUGUGUCAAGCUUCUACCAACAUUAUACUUUACAUACUUUGUUCACUCCAGGCAUCCUCUUUGUGAGUAAAUUCUUUUGUCUGACCUUGUCUACUAGUCAAAGAGACUUAUUAGUUUAUGGCAAUUUUAGUGUACAGUGAGUGUUAAGAUAGGUAGAGGAAGGAGAUUCUUUGAAGCCAUUGUGUAGGAUUUUUUGAAUAACACCAGCCCUCCUGGUCCCCUAAAGCUGGCCAUUAUCCAACUACCAAUAGGUAGCAGCCUUAUUGCAGUUUAAAAAAUUCAGUGGGUUAUUUCUGUGUAUGCUUUGACAGGCCAUGGUCAGUAUCUUGCAUCUCCAGAUCACUGACCACAAAUCAUAACACAUUGCUUUUGUGAGUCAGUUUGUACAUAAAGCAAACAAAAUCAAAAUGUCUGAAUGGAACAGUACCAAACUUUUUCAGUUUUGCAACUGAGAAAAAGCCAUAAUGUAAACUAAAAUCAAACAUUUCACCAAGCCCAGAACUCAAGGAAGCUAUUGUUAUCAAUUGUCUUCAUAAACUUUGCACAGAUAAAAUAAUUGUAUUAAGCAUAUAUUUGAAGUAUUGACUGUAUUAUUGCACGCAGGAUUUGAUGAUCCACACCACUGUUGGAAAAGAUUAGCAAAAGAUUUCUGCUUUUGUUCCUUUUCUAAGAUGGUGUCUGUAAACUUAUUAUGUUAAAAAAUGUCAGUUAAAAACAGUUCUUGCCUCAGAAGGCAAUGUAUGUAUGGUCUUCAACAAUAGAAGCAUUGUUGUCUUCAAGAUGUGUAAACAAAGCACUUUUUUGUCAUCUGCUUAUGGGGAAGAGAAUUCCAUGAAAGGCUUGAUGUGAAAUUAAUAUUUUCUUGGCUUACAAUGAGUUGGAUAUUGAGGUCUAGUUACAGAUGACACCAAUGACUUUCAAAAUUUUCUUCUUCAGAGAUUUUGUAGAAUGCUCUUUUUGAAUAUUUGCCCAAAAUCAAUUCAUGAGGCAGUUUUUGUCCCAGAUGUGAUGAGUCCAAGAGGAUACUUUUUUGUCUCAGAGCUGCAACUUGUAAGAUGUAGUUGAUGAUCUAUUGUGAUCGUAAUUUAAAUUGUGAGAUAUAGUACUUGCAUUUCACCUUUUAGCUAAUUUACUCAUUGACAGAAGGAACCUUUUCUCCCCAUUAUAUCUUUGCGGCAGGCAUAUUUUCACACUGUGGCUGUGAUAAAUAUAUAGAUCCAUCUGAAGAUAUUAGUGAAAAAGACAUGUAACUUUAUGCAUGUACUGCCAGAUCUGUUGUUGAAAGUAGAUUGAUGGAAGUUUUUUUAAAAGGCUUACCAAGGGAAGAAAUCUCCAGAUUUUGACAUCUUAAAAUUAACACAAUGCAAUAUGUUCAGAAAUCCAUGAUAGAAAAUUAUCAAAGGAAGGUAACGAUCUUGUUUAAUCUCUCUAUAUAUAUUUAUCAUAUUAUCAAGAAAGGGAUUGAUUUUCGUCCUCAUUUUGAUUUUGAAAUGGUUUUUACCCUUGACAAAUGCUGUCAUUUCUUCAAUAGAUAUGUAUUUAUCAAUGUCCUAUCUUUUGAUGUCUACCAGUAUUCUUUUUCAUGUUUUAUUUAAUACAUCAUUUCAAAAUAACAGGAUGCAUAUGUUAAUUUUAAGCGUUCAAAAUUUUAUGAUGUACAUCAAAAUAUGCAUGUCAUUUUAUGUACAAAGAAGAUAAUGAUCUUGUUUUGCCUGUUUGCCAGCUGUGUUCAGAGUUCACAGUGCACUUGUAAGUCACAUAUGUGAAGCUAAGGAGGCGAAUGAUGCCAUUGUAUUAUACAGCUAAUUGUGUCAGUUCCUUAUUUCGCUGAUUGUAUUUAUUCUUAAUUCAGCUGGUCACAUUAGAUUUGUUUUAUCAUCUCCCUCUUUCAUUUUUAGUGAGCAUUAUCAACACACUGGCUCCAGACAGCUAUUGACUGUAGUUAACAUGUGGUCACUGUUCAUUCAGUAGCACUCAGCAUUAUACAAUAAAAAUCUCGGGUAGAGCAUCUUAAUUUUGAUCCUAAAUUUGCUGAAGAUUUGAUGGAAAAAAAUCUGCCACAUUAUUGUUUCACUCUGUAAACUUGUGUGCUUCAUUUAAAUGGUUUUAUUUAUGGAUGCACCAAGUACUGUCAAAGCUUUUUAGCAUUUUCAACCACUUUUGGUCUGUGCAUUAGUUCUUCGAUAGCUGUGCUUGAUGAUACUUGUGGAGCUAAUGCUUGGCAGGGUAUGUUUCUUUAAGCAUGGCCUAUGUAAAAGUUUUGUAAUGCAAAAUGUGUGUGCACACACAUGAAUGCACCUGAUAUUUAAGCUUUACAUAUUUUUCAUCCUUGCCUUUAAUGAACAAAAGAUGCUGAACUAUUGUAACUAUCAAUGUGAGUAGUAACCUUUAUGCUAACUUUGGCUGGAGUCUGGAUAGUUAUGUGUAUCUGUGCCUGUGGAAAAAUUUUGCUGGGAUGUCAUGCAUUUUUGUGCUCUACUACAACAGGUAACAGUUUGAUGAGUGAUAUCGUCAUCUUUUUGUAAUGUAUAGUGUAAUUGCAUAAAUACAGAAUGUGCUAGUGAGAGAAGAAUGAGAGUGAAGAGGGAAAACAUGUGUAUCCACAAGUUUGCGAACAUUCAUAUGCAAGUUUAUACAAAAAUGAAACUGAGUAUCACAAGUUAUGAUGUGAUGCAAAUUGUGUGCAUGCGUGCUCCUUUGUAUAAGAAUCAUGUAUUAAGGCAUACUUCCUUAAUGUCAUCUUCCACUGUUAACAUCCUGGACCUCAAUGGUUUCUUGUGGCAUGUAUUAAGCAAGUUAAAUGAUGGAUACGCAUUUCUGUUGCAUGAUUUUUACUGUUGUCAUGUUGUGCUCCUUCCACAUCAGCAAUUGUUACCACGAUUUAGAUGUAAAUGAAAAAUAAACCUUUUCCCAAAGAUU